CUCGGGGGCUGCCGGGGAGCCAGCGACGGGGAGAUCCAGUCGCUGCCCCCGAUCCCUCCCGCCUCGGCCGUGGGCGUCCCGCACUCGGGCUGCUGCGCGUCUGCGUCGGCACCAAGCGUCCUGUUGAUGGACUACGAUGGUUCUGUAUUGCCCUUCCUCGGGGGGCUGGGUGGGGGCUACCAGAGGACCCUGGUGCUGCUCACCUGGAUUCCGGCGCUGUUCAUCGGGUUCAGCCAGUUCUCGGAUUCCUUCCUCCUGGACCAGCCGCACUUCUGGUGCCGCGGGCCUGGCAAAGGGGCCGCUGCCACUGACCGGUGGAGCACCAGCAGCCUGGGAAACUGGAGCAGCCCCGCAGCACCCACCUUUCCCACGGCCUCCUGGAGCGUGGCAGCCAACAGAAGCAAUAGCAGCGGUGCAGCAGGGGAUGACACACCACCUCUGCCUUCCCCUCCAGACAGAGGGGACAACGCCUCCAACUGCGACUGUCACUCCUGGGACUAUGGCAUCCGCACCGGCCUCGUCCAGAAUGUGGUUAGCAAGUGGGAUCUUGUGUGUGAUAAUGCCUGGAAGGUCCACAUCGCUAAGUUCUCCUUACUGGUUGGAUUAAUCUUUGGCUACCUUAUAACUGGAUGCAUUGCUGACUGGGUUGGCCGACGGCCUGUGCUGCUCUUUUCCAUCAUCUUCAUUCUGAUCUUUGGAUUGACUGUGGCACUGUCGGUGAAUGUGACGAUGUUCAGCACACUCAGGUUCUUUGAAGGAUUCUGCCUGGCUGGAAUAAUCCUCACCUUGUACGCAUUGCGAAUAGAGCUGUGUCCCCCUGGGAAGCGGUUCAUGAUCACCAUGGUGGCAAGCUUUGUGGCCAUGGCGGGGCAGUUCCUCAUGCCAGGGCUGGCUGCCCUGUGUCGGGACUGGCAGGUGCUGCAGGCCCUCAUCAUCUGUCCCUUCCUGCUCAUGCUGCUCUACUGGUCGAUCUUCCCAGAGUCUCUGCGUUGGCUGAUGGCCACCCAGCAGUUUGAGUCUGCCAAGAAGCUGAUCCUGCACUUCACCCAGAAAAACCAUAUGAGCCCCGAGAGCGAUAUUAAAGGGGUGUUGCCAGAGCUAGAAAAGGAACUAUCCCGGAGGCCCAAGAAGGUCUGCAUCGUGAAGGUGGUGGGCACGCGGAACCUAUGGAAGAACAUCGUGGUCUUGUGUGUCAACUCGCUUACAGGGUUCGGGAUCCAUCACUGCUUUGCUCGGAGCAUGAUGGGCCACGAGGUGAAGGUGCCACUCCUGGAGAACUUCUACGCUGACUACUAUACCAUGGCAGGCAUCGCGCUGGCAUCCUGCCUGGCCAUGUGCGUGGUGGUCCGGUUCCUGGGGCGCAGGGGAGGGCUGCUGCUCUUCAUGAUCCUCACUGCCCUAGCCUCCCUUUUGCAGCUCGGGCUCCUCAACUUGAUUGGAAAGUACAGUCAGCACCCAGACUCAGAGUUGCAGCUGAAGUUGGCCGUAGGCAUGAGCGAUAGCGUCAAGGACAAGUUCUCCAUUGCCUUCUCCAUUGUGGGUAUGUUUGCCUCACACGCGGUGGGCAGCCUCAGCGUCUUCUUCUGUGCAGAAAUCACUCCAACAGUCAUACGAUGCGGCGGGCUGGGGCUGGUGCUGGCCAGUGCAGGUUUCGGCAUGCUGACGGCACCCAUCAUCGAGCUGCACAACCAGAAAGGCUAUUUCCUGCACCACAUCAUCUUUGCCUGCUGCACACUCAUCUGUAUUAUCUGCAUCCUCCUGCUCCCCGAGAGCAGGCACCAGAAUCUGCCUGAGAACAUCUCCAACGGCGAGCACUAUACCCGGCAGCCACUGCUGCCGCACAAGAAAGGUGAGCAGCCCCUGCUCCUCACCAACGCCGAGCUGAAGGACUACUCCGGGCUGCACGACGCGGCCCUGGCUGCGGGGGAGGCCCUGCAGCCCGAGAGCACCACGGCGAAUGGCAGGAAGACCAUGUAGGCCUGCAGGCAGGGUGGGCGCGCUCACUUGGAAUGUGGGGGGCCGCACAGAGUCCCAGGCCCGGGCUGAGGAUGGUGGGCAGACAGACAACUGGCACAGGGAUGGUGUGCUGCCACGCAGUCUAGCAGCAUGUGUGUGAGGAGGCAAGCUCGGUGGAAAGAACCCUUUAAAGACUUCCUUUUCUGCCAUUAAAUGGUUGUAUUUAUUUUGGUCAUUUUUACAAGAAGCACUUUAAUCCUUUUCCUCUUGCUGAUCACACACAAGACCCCCUCUGUGGGACGAGCUACAGCCAGGCUAAGGAUGAGCCUUCAAUAACCAAACGUAGCGGCCUCUUCCUCACCCAGCACCACCACUCAGGAGAGCCAACUGUUCUCCCUGCUCCGUGGCCCUGGGCCGCCGAGACCUAACCCACCUCUAGGACUGCAUCUUAGACAAGUGACGUGUACAGUACAACAUGUAGGUUUUUGCUAGAGAGCCUGUGUAUGGUUUUUUUAAAAGCACCCCACCUCUCACCCCCCUUUCUAAGGUUAAAAACUUGUAUUCCAUGCGUUUGAGGGAAAGCAAUUCACAACUAUCAUUAAAGCCAGCUUAGUCUUUCCUUCAGGGUCAAUCUUUUGUACUUAAUGCUGGUUUUGCUUUGGGGACAUGUGUAAACAUUCAUCACAAACCUGAAGCGACGAGUGUAAGAGGGCCACGUCUGGCUGACACCAGGUUUGCCUACUUCUGUGCAGAACCAAUGUGUCUGAAGCAUUUUCAUGUUUUGAGUAAUGGGAUUGUCCAGAGUUAGCUCCAGCAGAAAAUGAAUUUCCCUUUCAUGGACAGCUUUUUGUUUGCUGGCACUACUUGAAACCAUGGCUACUUCCUGAGCUAAAACUAAUCAGACAAUAACUGAAAUAGACUCCUACCACGCAUCCACAGGAGGGCCACCUGCCGCCCAAACCUACAGCACAGGCCAUGAAAAAAAUCACCAGCUGGGACACCUGUUGACUUGCUGACGUUGUGCCCAGAGGUGGGGCUCUUUGGACAGUCGAUGUCAUUCCCAAUGUCUUCCUGUGAUCCACUUCCGACUCGUCCUCCCUCUGUCAGUGCAGAGGUGGACACAGGGCAAGGCCACUGGAUGGACAGCCUCUUGAGAGCAUCAAGACAAACCGAGGAAAGCAAUAAUCAACCAAAGCUUCGCUCCUUCCUCCUGCCCUGUCAGCCGAGGGUUUUCAGUUUGCUCCUUAUUUUAUCAAAGACAGGAUUUCCUCCUGUCUUUCCAGGUCAAGCUUUACCCAACUGUCUCUAGGGGCAGCUCAGUGGAAAGCAUGCUCCAGGAUGCCUGGGCGCCAUUGGCACUCACAGUUGAAUCCUCUAAGGUACAGUCCUCCUGGCUCAGGUAGACACCACUUUGUACCAACAGCCAACGGUCUUUUUCAGCUACAGGUCUUCCAGAAUGCAGAGGGUCCUGGUGCCUGCCUCCUCUGCCCACCUGCUCGCUAGUGAUAUGCAUCAUUGCUGCUCUCCCAAGGAAGCUGGGCUCCGGGUCAGUGGUGGGCAAUCCAGUGAUUUCAGCUGACCACAGCUAUGAUUCAAAGGGGCAGAAAGGAGGUUGGCACGCGUCCCUUCCUCCCUUUGCUGAUUUCACCUGCUCAGUUGCAUGCUAGUCCUUCUGCAAAGACAGCAUAUACAUCAGUGGGAGCCCGGUUGGAGAGAGACUACUUCCCAAGGCACUGGAACGUGUCACCUCACAGCCGAUGCCUAGAAUCCAAGAGCCUGCUCCAGAGCUGCCUACUCCGUGAGGGAUGGUCAUUGUGCCCACUGCCCCUGCUCAGAUCCCAGGCUCCUUUGUGAGUCACUUCUGUUCCAUGUUUCCAUGUUGCUCUGCAUUCACCUUUAAAAAGGCCUUUCUUUAGAUUGGGCAGCUUGAUGUGCCAAACCUAUAAAAUACCUUUUGCCUUUUUUAGAGUCCUUGCUACAAAACCACCUGGCAGCAAACUCUGACAUGCAGCACAUGACAUAUAUGCAGCCAGGUCAGGCAGUGACCAGGGCAAGUAAGACAGAGCCCCACCCAAGACCCUCAGCACAAGAUACCUUGAGAUCCACUUGUGGUACUGUAGAAAGGUUUAUAAACCUAAGUUGUGAAGAUUUGCAAACUUGUGAUGUAGUUUUUAAGAAACCUAUUGGAGCUAGAACAAGUUGCCGGUGUCCUCUAGAAAGGUGGUGGUGAGGCUAAAUACGUAACAACUUCUGUCCCCAGUGCCUCUUCAUGGCAAAUAGUGACAACAGAAGUUGCCCAAUGAAGACCAUACUAAGUAAACACUUUAGCCAUCAGGACCCAGGCAUCAAAGACUAGGAGUGAAAUUACAAUUAAGUCUAGCUCUUGGGACAGAGGAAGUGUUAUUCUUUGAACCUGAGUUUAUAGACUUUAUUGACCCGACUAUCCAGUAGAUGAUAUCUCAGCAAGGCAGCCCAUGUGUCUUCAGCCCAGGUAGCCUCAAGGGAGGGACUGCGCUGCUCUCCCAACUGGUCCCAACUGAGGACAGCUGAAGCUUGUGAGGAGCAUUUUUACUACUGCAGCCAAAGCAGAACAGCUCCUCUGCAGGGAAUGCCCCCAUGCGAUUGGGUACCAGGUGAGGCAGCAGGGGCUAAGGUCAAUCCACAUCUGGCCCUGGAGCUCGCCCUCACGUGAGUUGUGCUUGAAGCAGCAAUGCUGGUUCCUUCUCAGGCACCUGCCACUUCUAGUCAGUCCUCCACCCCCAGAGAUAACACCCCAAGAGAGAUACUUCUGGCUGCCCCACCCCUUUUCUGCGCACCCUACCUCCGAAACCAUCAGGGAGCUUCGAUCCCCUUUCCAUAAAAGGUAUGCACAAAUGUGAACAACGGACAGGGCUCAAUCUUCAUUUUUUCUUUUCUAAACAUGAAUCCUUUAUCAGCGAACAUAAAUAUCCACACUAGAGAUAAGGAAAGUUUCCAAUGUUGUUUUCUAAAACUGCAUUAUCACCUGUACUUAGAGGAUACAGGCUGAUGAGUGGGGCUUGGCCCCAGAACAGAAAGCAAGACUAGACUAGCAGAGGAAGUACUGCACUCAGACAUGACCACUUCCUAGAGCCAAGCAGUCGUUCAGCUGGAAAUGCCAUUCAUGAAGCUUGUGAACUUCCCACCCCCUUACCUUUGUCAAGGAACAAAACCUCAUGUUGCUGUAGUGUGUGUAACGUUUGGGGAAGGCAGUGGUAUGUUCAGUCCCCUCCCCAUCCUGUGUUCCGCUCCUGCUGAGGUUUCCCCAAGAGCUGUGUUGUCGCGGCGCGUGUGGUCGCAAUGAGUCUGCUGGGGCUCACUCAGCACAGCCUAAGUCGAGCUCGGGACUGUCCACAAAGCUCCAUGUCUGCAUGAUGUCACAUCAGUUGUACCUUGGGAAAACUUUGUAUGUAAGUGUACAGAAAUAAAAAUGUUGCCCCAUUAACCAAUUUCCUCUGGAAUGUCUUCCCUACCUCAUCCGGUGGCCUCCAGUGAAGAACAUUGACCAUGGCUCUGAGUAAUAAAAAUCCUUAUGUUGA